AGCGACUCGUUCGGAAGCUGCAUCCCAGGAUUCAGGAUGCUCAGCUCGACGUUGCCGCGGAGUUUCUCGCUGCCUCUCGGCAUGCUGCACAACGUGCUGCCUGACCCGUUCCCCGAGCUGUCGUCGCCGCUGUCGCCGCAUGACAACGACCACAGCAUGACCGUGAUGCUGAACUUUUACAACAAUGACAACAGCUAUAAGCAGCUGUUGAUCGAGGAACAUCUGCGCGCGAAGGACGUCUGUCAUCUACUCGCGAUGAAGAACCACGUACCAGAGGAGAAAAGCUGGGCCAUCGUCGAACACAUAGAAGAACUGGGACUAC